UGAUAGAUCCAUGGGGAUCCCAUUAGUACUUGAGAAAAAAGAAAAAAAACUAUCCGUUAACAGCCUAGAAAUAUCAAAUCGACAUCACAAUCCUUACGUUAAAAAACAACCCCCGUCUGUUACGCUUCCACUUCAUUGAUUUUGAUUUACAGUACACGAAAAAAGAAUUCCUUGAUCUUUCAAGUUCCUCUUUUCUUUGCCUGUUAAAUUCUGUAUCAACAAUGGAGUUCCACGGUGGAGACAAAGACAAAGUACAAGUAUGGAGCGAAGAGGCAGGAUUUCUUGGAUCAUAUUAUGCAGCGCACAGCGGUCAAGAAACUUGAGGCCAACUCUUAAGUAGUGCAGUACGAGAACCUAGUGGAAGAGGAAAACAUGUCAGUGGAAGAGGAAAACAUGUCAAAGCAUCUGAUAGAGACACACCGCAAGCCCAGCGCUAAAACACACCGCUGGAGCACUAUACUCAACGGCCUUAACCUGCGCACCCACCCAACCCCUAAACCAUUAACUCGCCCGCUCAAACCCAGUCCUCCACUACUCCUCAUCUUCUUCAAGCCAAGCCCCUUUCUAGUCGAUGGAGUGACAAUUUCAAGGUGGAUGAUUCUGUAAUUUCAGGAUGUAUGUAAAGCAGGCAUUUAACCUGCUUGCUUAGUUCUCUUCAUUGUGCAACCAACAAUAGGCAGGAGAACCAAAAUCAUAUCGGAUCUGCUGAUAUCUGUUUCAAAAGAAUAGAGACAAGCCAGGAUUAAAGUUCACCAAGAUUCCUUAAGACUUAGUAGUGUGGGUGUUAUCGGGUAUACUCACAUCUUUUUAAGCUUGUCCUGAAUGUGCUUGAAUGAUCUCUCUUGGUGUUCUUUGUGAGUGAUAAAAGUAGAGAUAAAAGAUAUUGAUAAAAAAGACCACCAAAUUAGAUAAUCCAGUCUGCAAGUUUUGGAUUGUAUAACAUGCAUGAUGCGUUGAGGAAAUAACAAAAAAACUAAAAGGAUUGGUGAAUCCACUGUAUAUCAAGAGACAACUUCCUAUUCAAUGGAACAGUGCAAAGUGCUUCUUGGCUGGCUUUUUUACCUCUUGCUCAUUUCUUUUUGGCUGGCUUUCCGCCCUUCUAUUCAGCUUAUGUUGGUGGGCUUGGGCUAGGAGCAUGCUUUUUUUUUUUUUCUUGUGUUAAUUUCCCUUCAUUCAGCAUAGGGCAUUAUGUUUUUUGGUUUGGGUUUCAUUUGCUGGGGCUAGGAUUGGGGCUGCUAGCUAUUGGGUUAAGCUCAUCUUCUCCUUUGUUUAUGUGAAUUUUUUGUGUCUCUCUCUCCUGGUUUUCGUGCACUCUUCUCUUUCUCCAUCGAAGCCACCAAGAACUGAGCUGUUAGGGUAAGGCUUUUGGCUCUGAUUCGUCGGUCCUUUUCGCUUUAUUGAUGCAUUGGAAUUGCUGCCCAUGAAAGGUGCUCCAAGUUGGCAAGUUGUGCAGGAUGUUUGCAGGUUAUACAAGGUGUUUUUGUGUUGGGAAGGUGUUGAUCCUACGUGAGGCUGGAUUUGUUUUGGGUUACCCAAUCCAUCAUCUCUGUUUGGGGGUUAUAGGAAUAUCAUGUAUCGGGUAUCCCAUUGGUAAUAUUUUUUUGUUUGCGUACCUAUGUAAACCUCGGUUGAAAACUAUCCGUUAUAGCCUAGAAAAAUCAAACCAACCUCACAAUCCUUUUCCCUUUAGGAAAAUAGUCAGGGCCAAAAACAACCCACCUGCAACACUUCCAUUUCAUUGAUUUUGAUUUGUAGUACACAAAAAACAAUUUCUUGCUCGUCAAGUUCCUCUUUUCUUUGCCUGUUAUUAAUUUCUUUAACAACAAUGGAGUUCCACAAGGGAGACAAAGUAGAAGAGGGUCCAUGUAUUUUGUGUACUUCGUUCGAGACUAUAGGGUUGAGGUUGCUUACCAUGUUUGAAGUUUGAGGUUUCACUUGGAUUGGUCUAAUGGCUGGUCAAGUUGUUGAAUUGCUGCAUUCAUCAGAAAAAAGUGGGAGGGGCUUGGCUAUUCUGUGCUUGAAAAGCGUAUUGUGCGGGACUGGUCAGAGCGUGUAUGUUUGGUGUGUAAGGAUUUCCUUAUCCAAAACUUGGAUAGCGCAAUCCCAUACACCGCAACCCCUUUCAGUUUGUUUUUCGUUGUGAAUUAUUAAUUUGUUUUAAAUAUAAUCUUAUUCAUUUGUUGUGUGAUGAGUAUUUUAAAUAUCUGGACUGAAGGAUUAUUCCCUUUUUGAUGAGUGUCAAUAGUCAAAUUUAUCCCUUGUAUUGCUAUCCAUGCAAACAGUGCACUUAAGAGCUUUUGUUCUAGGGUCCCUUAACUUUCCCUCUAAAAAGCUACAUAUCCAGACUACCAUCAGACUUAACCUUAAUCGAAUAGACCCACUUACAUCCAAGUGGAGACACACCUGCAGGACAAUCCACCACGUCCCAAGUCUUGUUAGUCUCAAGAGCACAGUUCCUCUUGUAUGGCCUGCAGCCAGAAUUGUUCUUUGACUGCCUGUGAAUAACCAGUAGGAAUAACAUUAGAAGAUAGAGUGGCUGGCAAUACAGAAGUAGUAUUUUAGCAUUGUUCUUUGACUAUUACUUUAGCCCCUCAUGGCUUGCUUGGAAAUGCAUGGCAGUGUAUUAUAACAUCGACUAAUAGGAAGAUUGCUGCUUGUGCCUGUGAAUUUUUUUUUAAUGCUAUGUUUUUCUCUUCCUUUAAGAUUUCUCUGGACUAUUUAUCAUUGACGUGAAAUAUGCUUUUCUGCCUUAAACAUAAUGUUACAAAAUGGAAUUCCUUGGCCAUAGAUAUCCGAGGAGGUGUUUAAGCAGUGUUAGAUUAUCUUGACAUUCAAUUUGAAGACUCUUUAUCCAGGAUCUAAACUGUAUUGUUUCAUUUUAUUUUCCGAAGCAAGGUAGCCCUUAUAUAUUUCUGUCCUUUUCUCAUGUGGAGGAGGCUCGGAGUAAGAUUUCUUAAAAUCAGUAAAGAUGUAUAAUGAGGUGUUGAAUUGAAUGCCUAUAAGGAGUCCAAGGACUUGGAGAAGGUGCUCAAAGAUCUUACGAAAGAAGUUCAAGCAUUGAGUAGAGAGAAAGAGGAAGCAAAGAAAUGACAAACAUAAGCGAUAAAAAAGCAGACAGAGCUUGAGCUUGAUGUGAAAGACCUGCUAGAGAGAAUUUCAGGACAUAUCCAAGCAAAGGACGAUGCUAUGAUUUAACAUGUGCUAUGCUAAAAUGCCUCUUACUUGUUAUCAUGCAUGCCUAUAUGCUGAUGGGUGUAUGGUAAUAUAUUGCCCCAAAAGUUUAUGUAUAUUCGUUGCUAACUCAGUUAAAGAUCUUGAUGCUGUUCUUAUAGCUACUCCUGUAUUACUUGAAAGAGAAGCAAGGAUCAUUAUUGUCCAGAUAUUUCAAGGCCUUGUAUGCUUGAAUAAGAGAGCACAAAAGAUUAUUCUUUAUGAUCUGAAGCCUGGGACUGUUCUUUUUGAUGAAUUCAGUAUCGCAAAAGUUACUAAUUUUGGUCUUAGCAAGAUAGUGGUGGAAGAUGUUAGAUCCCAGGGAAUGGAACUUACGUCUCAGGGAGCUGGAACUUAUUGGUAUUUGCCACCAGAAUGCUUUGAGCUCAGCAAGACCCCUUUAAUAUCAUCGAAGGUUGAUGUGUGGUCAGCUGGAGUUCUGUUUUACCAAAUGCUCUUCGGCAGACACCCUUUUGGGCAUGACCAAACUCAAGAACGAAUACUAUGCGAAGGCAUAAUUAUAAAAGCUUGCAGGGUUGAAUUCCUUACAAAGCCUACUAUCUUAAAUGAGGCGAAGUUGGAGAUAACGGACCUGACAAGAAUAUAUUUUUUUUUCAUUUACGUUUCUUUAGUAGCCAUUCGUUUUGUAUUGAGUGAUCUCUUCCACAACCUAUGCAAUUAUUACAGGCAUCAACUACUCGAUGAGAUCAAGUUUUAUCUGCUUUCGUUGAGAUUGGGUGAUAAUUCUGACAAUGUCCCGAUUUGGUGCCUCAUUUGGCACGAUCAUAUACCAAACCUGCCUCAUUGAAGAACUCAAGCAUUCUGCGGCAAAAGAUCACAUCCAGACUGUGGAUGGCUGCAAAUUUGAGGGGUUAUGUACUGACCAAUAGUGAUGGGGAAAGGUAAAAUGGCUGGAAGCUUUAAUUUACUGUGAGACACCUAUUGCAUAAGCUUUUCUCUUAUCAUAAAUAGUAAGGACCUUAGCAUCCAUGAUUAUGUUUAUUAUGACUUUCAUAUAACUUUUCAUUUUUUUUUUCUAAGAUGAUGAAACAAGAACACGUAUGAAACAUAACUCAAGACACACUCUUUGUGUGGCCAUAAUAUUGCUCUUGCUAAUAAGGCUGUUACAUGUUUUGCUGGCAAUGAUAGUUUGUUUUUAGA